ACCACAAUAAUCCAUUAGUAAGAAUGACUACUAAUAAAUACAUGAAAAAAAAGUUGAGCAUCUUUGGACAUAGAGAAAAUGCAAAUGGAUUCUUUCAUACCCCAGCCAGAAUGACAAACAUCAAGAGAACAAAUAACAAAUGCUGGCAAGAAUGGGGAAGAAAGGGAGGGAGCCUUUAAAGCCGUUUGGUGGGAAUGGGGAUUGGUCCAGCCUCUUGGAAAUCAGGAGGGAGAUUCCUCAAAACUAGUAAAACUGCUGUAGCACCUCAUAUCACCAUCCUUGGGAAUAUCUCCCAGGAAUCAGAGCCACCACACAAUAAAGACACUGCAUACCCAUGUUACAUUUGUGUGCCAAUACUUAUGUCUGACCUCUCUUGGAUGAGAAAUUUUCCCCUGGCAUGAAGCCCACAGGGACACUGUCAGGAUGACACUAUCAAUGGAGAAAUGAAUAGGACGGCACUUUACAAAGACAUCACACGGUGCUGCAGAGAAACAGACUCACAGACCUUUCACUCCCACAGCCAUCCAGGCUUCUGAGUGUGUUGCAGAAGGGACUCAGGUGGGGGUGCACGUUGUCCUAGCAGCAAGAAGAAAAGCAGCAACCAGGCCCAAGGUCCUUAAGAUCUGAGAUGUAUCUGACCCAAUUGGAGGCAGGAGCAAAGUCCCAAUCACUGACGUUUAUUCCUCUCAACUUGCCCUGUGUGCAGACUCUCCCCUCUCCUUGGGACUGAGAACACAGCAUCACCAGCCAAAGGAUUAUCAGCGCCUCUCACUGAGAACAUCAUCAGAGAGGCAGUGGAUGAAGAUUUGUUUCCCUGUGAACGCCAAGUCUGCCAUGAGGCUCCAGAUCCUCCUCCUCCCUGUGUCCCUCCACGGGAUGGUGGUGUUUCUGUUUGUUCUGGGAAGCUUCAAAAUACGUGAUGGGAUGGACGAAAUCGACCAGUGCUGGGUACAUCCUCCAAAACGGUUUUGUGGGAAAAGGUGCACAAGGGUGUACGAAUGCGUGACACCAAACCACACGUGCUGCUGGACAUACUGCGGGAACAUCUGCUUGGACAACGGAGAACCCUUUAAAACACUGAUGAAACUCUAGUUUCUAUGUGGCCCAUCGCUGGUGUGGAUUGGGGCAUGGCUGUGUCUGAGAGGAACGCUGCCUGAUCUCCUAUUGGGUCACUCAGUUCAUCUGGGACCCUUCUGCUCCCUUCUUGAUGCCUUCCCUCAGAGAAAGUCCAAGAUUUUGUCAAAUAAACGGAUGCAUCAGCACGAGGCUCUGUGGGAAAGCCUUAACAGUUGCUGCUGUACCACCGCUGACACAGACACAAUUCUGACUUCCCUGUGUAUUAACCAAAUACAAAAUACAAACAGGUUUAUACAAAUUCCAUGGAGUUGUCAAGCAUGGUGGUGUACACUUGUAGUCCCAGCACUUGGAGUCUUUGGCAGGAAGAUUGUGCAUUCAAGGUCACAAUUGUUAAUAACAACAAAUUCAUAUAACUAACAAAUUAAGUCAACUAACAUUCAUAAUACAUUUUUCCAGUGUAGUCAGUGGACAGUCAUGUAUGCUAUCCUUUAAAGAUCUCCCAUCUGUAGCUGUCACCUCCCAGGACCUCACCUGAUGGUUCUCUGCCUGCAGAUAGGAGAAGUAACAUCGUAGGGGGAUUCAUAAGAAGCUUUUUUUGUUGUUGUUUUUUUGUUUUGCGAGACAGGGUUUCUCUGUGUUGUUUUGGAGGCUAUCCGUCCAGCCCUGCCUCGAACUCACAGAAAUCUGCCUGCCUCUGCUUCCCGAGUGCUGGGAUUAAAGGCGUGUGCCACCACCGCCCGGCCAUAAGAAGUUUUUAUAUGGCACAAAUUCUAUUUGGUCAUAAUAAUAAAAACCUAGAAACAGAUACUGUGGUGAAAGCUGAAGAUAGAGAAGCAGAGCAGCCAGUCACUAGAAAGUUCUCACCUCUACCCAUGGUCAGACAG